AUGUCUACCAUGGAUAAAGAGAAUGCGGAAUUAAAUUCCCCGGUCAAAGGUAGCUGGAAACGUGGAUUGAGUCCAAAAGCUGCUUUUGAGGCCUCGCUUGCCGCAGAAGCAACGAUAACACUAGCGAGCAGCUCGACCAACAGCCGGCACAGCGAGGCCGAGAAAGGGCAACGUUGGUCUUUGAAGGACUUUGAAAUAGGGAAACCCCUCGGUCGGGGUAAGUUUGGAUCCGUGUAUCUCGCACGGGAGAAACGCACCAAGUACAUUGUGGCCAUAAAAGUCCUCCAAAAAUCUCAAUUGCUCAAGGCUGGUGUCGAGCAUCAACUACGCCGUGAAAUCGAGAUUCAAAGCCACCUGCGCCAUGCCAAUAUUCUACGAAUGUAUGGAUAUUUCUAUGACAACAAGCGCAUCUACUUAAUUCUGGAAUACUCACCUGGCGGAGAGCUGUACAAAAAGCUAACUACCCGUGGACGAUUUUCGGAAGGAACGACCGCUCAGUACAUCUCGGACUUGGCCCUCGCGUUGAAUUACUGUCAUAGCAAGCAUGUCAUCCAUCGAGACAUCAAACCAGAAAACCUUCUUCUUGGUGCCUAUGGCGAAAUCAAAAUUGCCGAUUUUGGUUGGUCUGUGCAUGCGCCGACGUCUCGACGAAACACCUUGUGCGGGACACUCGAUUAUCUUCCUCCGGAGAUGGUAGAAGGACGAGAACACGAUGAGAAUGUGGAUGUCUGGUGCCUAGGGGUGCUCCUAUACGAAUUCUUGACUGGUGCCCCGCCUUUUGAAGCCGAAGGACAUUCAGCGACAUACAGACGGAUUUCAAGGGUUGACUUAGUUUUUCCUCGUGGUGUUGCGGAGGAUGCCCAAGACCUUAUCCGUAAGCUGUUGGUAAAAGAGCCGAACAAAAGAAUGUGUUUACGAAAUGUCCCGAAGCAUCCGUGGAUCUUACGAAAUACUGCUUCGACCAACAGCAAUGGAAAUAGCUGA